UGCUGCGUGAUCAAAGAUCGUAGUCUUAUAACAAGAGAUGUUAUCGUAACCGGACGCGUGCAGUAUUUUCGGCACCGAGAAAACUGGUCGGAGUGAGAGCUCUUCUUUGGCUGGAAGAGAGUGAAGACAAGUGGAGUCGCAGAGGAAAAAUGUCUCUGUUUUCAAAGUCGCUGACAAUGUCAGGCAGGAGGACAGUUGCAGCAUGCGUACGGCAUCAUUCCUCUCUCACAACUGAGCUGAUUGAAAACAUGGAUAAGAAAGCAACCUGGGACCGCUUCUACACCGAGACCAGCAGCAGAACGGCCACCUUUAAAAACUUCGAGUGGUUCUUCGGCUUCGAUGCUGUCCGAGACUUCAUUAUGCCUUUUUUGCAAACCAAGUCCCACCCUGAUGCCUUGCUCCAGGUCCUGGAUAUGGGCUGUGGCACUUCUGCCUUAGGGCCUGGUAUUUACAGACACUCUCCUGCACCGGUCCAGGUCACUUGUGCUGACAUUUCCCCCAUAGCUGUGCAACUAAUGCGGGAACAUGUUCAAACCCAAGCCCUUCUACCUCACAAUCUUUCCUCUAAGCUUGAGUUUGUCGAGCUUGACUGCACACAGCUUCAAAGGCACUAUCGUUCCAGCGUUAUGGACCUUAUAGUUGACAAGGGAACCACAGAUGCCUUGCUGAGGUCUAAGGAAGGUAAAAUGAAGGCCGGUCUCGUGCUGAAGCAGUGUUUGAAGGUGUUGCGGAGCUCGGGAUCUCUGCUCCAGUUCUCCGAUGAGGACCCCGAUGCCAGGCUGCUGUGGCUGGAGACUGAGGCGCAGGAGCAGGGGGUGAUGGCUGCAGAUGUCGGGGUGCAGGAGGUUGGGGAGCUAAGGGGGGUGUGUUACUACUGCUACCAAGUGACCCCUCGCCCUGUCAUAUAGCGGUCACUUUCUACGUCUGGACAGUCACAAUAUCAAAUACAUAAAUUAUUAAACAUGAUUGUAAUAAAAAAUGAUGUUUUAUUUU